AUGCUGCACCAGGAAAAGAAGCUGACCACCAUGCUUCAAACUUUGUUUGGUAAACUCGAUUCCGGGGUUCAGUCUCCAGGAAUCUCCCUUACCUUGGCCCUCGUCGGUGGUGGUGAGGUAUUGAAGUCUCAGCCUCAUACAUCCGUCCAUCCCGCAUGGCGUAAGACCUAUAUGAUUGCCGAACAAGUUAAAAUCGCCCCUCCCGAGAGUGGAAUGGAGGGUUUGAGACAGGUUUGGGGUCGCGCCACCAAUAAGAAGUUCAAGGCGAUGAAGGAUGUCACUCCUGACAUGGGAACUUACUUGAAUGAGGCCGACCCUUAUGACCCAGACUGGAAGGAGGCCUGGUACGGAGACAAAUCCGACGACUUGAAACUACAAAGAAUGAGUAUGACCCCGAAAAUAUCUUCUGGUGUUGGCGAUGCGUGGGAUCGGAGGGCUGCGAUGAAGUCAAGGGUGCCAGCCACUACGGACCAUUGUGCGAGAAUAAAUGAUUCAGUAGUUGGAGAGGUUACAGGCUUCCGAGGUGCCUUCAUUGUUGGACUUGGUUUUGAAUAG